AUGGGAAAUAAUCCGUCGAGGUCAUCAGUAUCAUCGUCGUCGUCAUGUUCUAAUGAGUCCAGUGCCUCCGGCGCAGGUGUAAUGUCUGCCGCUGUUGGCGAAGAAGAUAGUUCAAAACCCCCUCCGACGAGGUAUCCGCAACCCAUUAAUAAUAAAAGUAGUCAACAAGAACAGCAGUUGAACUCAUUCAAGUCAGCCACCACCCUUACAUGCGGUAGUGCUGCAUCCACAAAAUCCGAGGUGUCAAAUUUUUCACCUGCCGGAAAUGAUAUCGUUGUCGAGGAAGAUUCAAGUUUAAUUCUCGGUUCUAAUGAUGAAUCAACCUCCACUUUACAAGAUCCGAUCAAUUUCAAAAUACAGGGAAAACCCGAAGAUGCGAGUUACUUUAAUCUUUUGGCCCAUUCUUUUGAGGAUGGAAUGUCAUUCUCCCCAAAAAAUGAUGGAAAACUCAAUACUAUAAUGGAUUCUCUUAAUCAUAAGGGUACUCUGACAAAGACCAUAUCAUCUCAAUCACCUGUUACGGAGACCAGAGCCAAUAUUGAUACUAGUAGGUCUUUGCCAAUAAAUUUGGCCAAUCAAAGCUUUGAGACCAACCCGCAUGAUAUAUCUGGCAGUGCAAUGACAGACAUAUCAUCAGUGUCUAGCGAUUUCUCCAAUAAUAGCAUGUUGUCAACCACACCAAACUCAACCAAUUUGGACGCUAAUGAGGAGCAUGCCAAAUUAUCAAUGAUGGGCUUACCAAAAAACUAUAAUGUGAACGUUCCUGUAAACAGAUCAAGUGCCGUAAAACAGCCAAAAAUCAAGAACUCUAAUACCGAACAGCAGCCAUCUGGAAAUAUUGAAAAGCUUUACAAUCCAAAAUAUAAUAGGAAAGUGAUGAACCAUUACGAAAACGAUAUUGAUUCGAUUAUUGAAAAACUUAUUGAAAUCGGUCUUUCAAAAUCGUAUUCUAACAGCUCGUUAGUAGUUUCGAAAAGGGAAGUUAAUUAUAUAAUUGCCAAAUCUAAGGAAAUUUUUCUCAGACAACCAACGUUGUUAGAGCUUUCUUCCCCAAUUAAAGUUGUGGGCGAUUUACACGGCCAGUUUAAUGAUCUAUUGAGAAUUUUGAAGCUCUCUGGGUUCCCACCUCAUUCAAACUAUUUAUUUUUAGGUGAUUAUGUUGACCGUGGUAAACAGUCAUUAGAAACCAUCUUAUUGUUGCUUUGCUUCAAGAUCAAGUAUCCAAACAACUUCUUUAUGUUGCGCGGGAAUCAUGAAUCAGGCAAUAUCAGCAAGAUUUAUGGGUUUUAUGAUGAAUGUAAACGAAGAAUCGGUUCGGUCAAGAUUUGGAAGAGCUUUGUUGAUGUUUUCAAUGUUUUGCCAAUAGCGGCAAUCAUUGGCGAGAAGAUUUUCUGUGUCCAUGGUGGGUUAUCUCCAGUUUUGAAAAACAUGAAACAAAUCAAUAAAAUUAAACGGCCAACCGACAUUCCUGAAGUUGGUCUUUUGUCAGAUUUAUUAUGGAGUGAUCCUAAUUCCAAAACCAGUGAUUGGAGUCCUAACGAUCGAGGAAUUUCUUAUUUCUUUUCAAAGAAGAAUGUCAAUGAAUUUUUGAAUAAAUUCCAAUUCGAUUUGAUUGUUCGUGGCCAUAUGGUGGUAGAAGAUGGAUAUGAGUUUUUCAAUAAAAAGAAACUAGUCACGGUUUUCAGCGCCCCAAAUUAUUGUGGAGAAUUCAAUAAUUGGGGAGCAGUGAUGAGCAUUGACAAAAACUUAUUGUGCAGUUUUGAGCUUUUAAAACCAAUUGAUUUGAAAAAGCUGAAAAACACCAAUGCUAUGUCAGGUCACAACCAUAAAUCAAAGCACAAGCGGUAA